AUGGCAAACAAACCUUCCGGUACCGACAAGGGCACUUUGGCUAGCCUUGAUGAGGCCAGCCAGAACCCACCAACGGGCUCAGUUGCCAUAAACCGUUUCCAAGCAGAGGGUAUUGACGAAAGCCCAUGGAACCCGGUGCGUGUUGUUAUGGCAUCGGAGUUGUCCAAGGCCGAUGAUGCGAAGACAACAAAUAAGACGGCAACAAAGUGUGCUGAUGGCUCAACUGCGGCCACCCAAGGGUCGGCUCCCAAGUCUUGA